UUCAUGUUAAAAUGUGUGAUGCAAAUAAAAGUUAUGUGCUUUUAAACGUGUAAGAGCGCCUUGUGUCUGUUUCAGAGCGAUGUGUAGUUUCUACCGGGUAUCUAUUUAUUAUCGACACAACAAAUAUUUUCCAUGCAUCGAAAUUAAAGAAUACAAAAAAUUUUUGAGUGCAAAAUAUAAUGGCAGAAAGUUUUCGUAAGAAUUUUAAACAAAAAAAUGCUUUAGAUUGGGAAGAAGCAGGUGGAGAGUUUUAUCAAGAAACUUAUAGCUCCGAAUGGGAAGGGUUCCCAACUGAUAAUGUAAUAACAACACUUCUUCCAUCAAAACAAAAUCGCUUGGGAACUUGUAGGAGAAUUCAGAGAGAUUCAAAAGAUACAAAACCUAAUAAGUAUUGGCAACCAAUCCCUACAACCAAAAGAAAUACAUAUAAAAACAAUGAAUUGCAAAAUUCAUUGCUUCCAGAUUUAUCAGAAGUACUUACGGAUGAAGGACGAAUAUGGGAAGAAAUUUUACAAAUAAAGUUAAUACCUGUGCCAAUGGAACAGAAAAAGGAACUUAAGAUUAAAUUACAGAAUGCUACUAAACUCCGACUUCAAGGAUUCAAUCAAUUCAAAUGGAAACACCGUAAGAUAUGGCAAAGGUUAAGAUUAUCACUUACUGAGCUUUUCACAAAGAUGCAGCUAUGGCAUUCAUCGUUAAAGAAGAUCGAAGGAAACUAUGGAACAGGCAUAACAAGUUAUUUUUUAUUUAUACGUUGGCUUUUUGUGCUUAACACUGUUAUGUUUGUCUUUGUUUUACUAUUUCUUAUUUUACCAAAUAUAUUUUGGCUAAAUAGUUCAGAACCAGAGCGCGAUAAUGUUUUUCCAGUUGAUGAUCAUUAUAGCUCUUCAAACGUAGUAGAUAUCAUCAAGGGAACUGGAUUAUUAAAAAAUACAUAUAUAUUUUAUGGUGCAUAUUCCAAUGUUAAAAUGAGUGCAGAAAAUUUUUAUGAUUUUUCUCUUGCCUACUUUUUUAUUUUUGGUUUGAAUUUACUUAUAUCUUUAUUUGCAAUUCUGAAAAAUGCUUAUCAUGAGUUCAAAGAUCGCAUUAUCUAUGGUAAAUGGCAGAAUACAGAUUUUUGUAAUUUAGCCUUUAGUGGCUGGGAUUUUUGUAUACAUAAUAAGAAUUCUGCACAAAUCAAACAUAAAGCUAUUUUUAAUGAAAUAAAAUAUUUACUACUUCUUAAAUAUUUAGAAUAUAAACGUAGACAUCGCACCAAAAAUUAUGUGAUCAAACUAACAUUAUCCAGAAUCGUUGUGAACAUCAUAAUAUUAAUGCUGUUAUCACUUUUUAGUUUUAUGAUUUAUUUCCUGCUAAAUAUUAGCUUACAGAAUCAGUUGAUCGAAGAAGGACAUGGUAAUUCUUCAUAUAUUUUAGAGUAUUCUAUUUUAAAUUUUCAACACAUAUUCAAACAUAGUUUCGAUGAUCACACAAUAUUAAUGCUUUUUUUAGCUUACGCUCCUUAUAUUUUAAUUAUUUGUUCUAAUCUGAUAUUACCGACAUUUUUCAAUUAUUUUUCUAAAUUUGAAAAAUAUUCACCAUUAUAUACUGUCAAAAUAAAUCUGUUAAGAAUAUCACUAUUGAGAUUCGUCUCUUUAGCAAUUUUAUUAAGUCAAUUUUACUUAAUAGUCUCCACGCCAAACGGUAAUUAUGCAAAGGAUGAACAUGGUUGCUGGGAAACUUUUGUAGGUUGCCAAUUCUAUAAACUAAUCUUAACUGAUUUUAUAUGUCAUGUACUUCUCACGUUUUGUAUUAAUUUUCCACGUGCGUUAUGUGCGAAAAAUGUAAAGCAUGAUAUCAUAACACAUUUCGGAGAACAAGAUUUUGAUUUGCCAAAACAUAUUUUAGAUGUAGUAUAUAUGCAAACUAUUUGUUGGCUUAGUAGCUUUUUUGCACCCGUUAUACAUGCUGUCUUAGCGAUUGCUAUGUUUUUCAUGUUUUAUAUAAAAAAGUUUCAGUGUUUAGUUAAUUCUAAUCCGUCUAAACUGCUAUAUGGUAGUACACGAUGUAAAUCAAUAUCUUUAAUUGUUUUAUUAUUAUCGUAUUUAAUAGUAUUAUUGCCUGUUAUAUAUGUAAUAGCAGUAGUAACACCCUCCAGUUCUUGUGGACCAUUUGGUGGACUGCAAUUUGUAUGGGAUGCACCAAUGACGGUAUUUUUAAAAAUGCCACAAUUCUUAAAAGAUAUUCUACUCUUUUUAGGAACAGCCAAAUUUGCGAUACCAAGUUUAAUAUUACUUCUAUUUUGUGCCUAUUAUUUCUAUGCAGUGUCCGAAGCAAAUAAAAAAUUAGUAAAUAUAUUAAGAAAUCAACUUGUUUUGGAAGGCCACGAUAAACAAUUUUUAUUAACUCGUUUAAGUGUUUUUUUAAAGCAACAGCAUAAUUCGCACGAACAAAAUUUAAAACCGGAUGAAUGUAAAACAUAAUUUAAAAU